AUGUACAUAUAUGGAUACACGGGCUUGGCGACUCAGAACACUGGUUUCAAGAACUACCAUUAUACCGCUGAUGCCGAUGGUAACAAUGACGACAAUUUGCAAAUCGGACGAUCCGGAGCACGGCUAGAGCACGGCUGGAUCAACGGCCAACAGGUGGUCCUGCCUCCUGCGACGGCCAUCCUGAGGCUCUUCUCAAUGAUACCUCUGUUCUUGCCAGAAGAGGGUCUUGAAAGGUCCCGCAAGUUGGUAGCAUCACGCGCCUCAUUAUACGCCGGCGCCUACGGCGCUUUCUUCUCCCUGUUUCCCUUCUUUACAACAUACACCUUUGGCCCCAUGCUUCGCAUUACGGGUAUCGGGCCUGAUCCUCCCGUUCUCCAGAUUCCGUCCAACGUCGCAUUGCCGAGGAUCCGCCAGUGCGAUUCAAAUGGUUUUGAAGAUCUGGAGUCUGGAGUCUGGAUCUCUGGAUCUCUUCACAACACCACCAUCGGAGUCGGACGGGUGCAUCCCACAAAAACAUCCGGGUACACUAUGACGACGACCCCGCCGCCGCCCCCGCCGCCGCGUAUAACUGUAGAUCGACAAGAAGUUGAUGCCAAAGGCAACCGGUUCAUUAUGGUGACGGAGGCAAUUCGCUGA